UGGGGCCAAUUCUCAUUUUCACCGAGGACGGGGCUUCGUUGCGUGAAGAGGGGGUACUUCUGACCCGUUCCAUGUAACCUAGCAGAACGUGUCGGGCUCGAGACGCCAUGGAAGUUCUGACCAGCACGAGUGGAAAUGUGGAGCUGUCCAAGAGGAGGAUCGGAAACAAGCACCUCCAGCCAGCCAGGCCCCUGCGCCGCCUCAACGCCGACCUGGAACCCCGGAGAAAUGGAGAAAUUGAAAAGAUGGCUUGUCCUUUCACAGAGAAAACACCAGAUAGUGGAAUUGGGGUGGAUCAGCUUUAUGAAAUUAUCCACUUUCACACUAGUCAAGGACCUAGGAAAGAAAGAAUAUCCUACAGCAGAGAGUUUCUGAUAAAACUGGCCAGCUCACCAAUUGCUAAAAGGAAACCUGACUUUUUGCCAGAUCAUCCAGUUGUUUUGGAGAAGCCGAGGGACCCUGAUAUGCCAGUACUGUUUUUCUAACACAUCCCCAGUUCCCACAGAUUGUUACAUAAACAUCUUUCUGUGAUCCAUCCGCAUGAAGAGUUUUGAACUGAGGAACACCGUUUCUGCUAAACCUUUUACCUGGAUCUCAUUUGCAAUAUAUAUACACAACUAAUAUCUCUUCCUUCAAUACUAUUGAGUGAAAAAUUAUUUAAAAUUAUUAAUUUAUGUAAGUAAUGCAGAUAUAAUCUAAACAUUAUUGAGCCUGAGGACAAGAAAUUCCUUGUUUGCCUUUUGCACAAAAGAAUUACAGUAUAUCACAUCGGUGUGCAGUUUUGUACUGUGAAAGUCCUUUCUAAGUUUUCAUUAGGGCAAUAGCUAAAAACCUGAUCUUUAAAAACAUAGGCAAUUGCAUUGCAAUUUAAGUAUUAUUUUUGCAUAAAUGCACUAUGACAUGAUCUUUAACUUUUCUUCACCAUUGAUCCAACAGUUUGCACUCUCUGUAUCACUGUGGAGAAUGUAAUGCUGACUUAGUCAAAAUUAUGUUGACUAUGGAUAGCAUAGUAAAACCAUAGCUGAUUGCAUCAGUAUGUCAGUAUCAAAGGAGGUCGUCAAGAAAACAUAGUAUAAUGGAGGCUCCUUCAAUUGGGUGUGAACUGCAAAAAUCUUUUCAGCAAACACAUGAUAUGUAAUGUAAAAUAAUUUUUCUGGAAGCUGUAUUUUCAGCCUUGCGCCCAAUGUCUCCAGGAUGGGCUUUGGCUUGCAGCGACCCUUCUUGGGACAUGUGCAAUAAGUUGUUGGGAAGUAAUAUUUCCUAAGAAAAGAACUGGAAGUAAUAAAUUGCACUAUCCAUGUACGAAAUUGGUAAAACUAAUUUUUGGUUCUGUAAUUUUGGAAAAUAUACAUGAGGUAAGCUCUUCAGACAGAAAGCCCUGUGGUUAUUAAUAUUUAACUUGCUCCAUAGUGCGUGCAAGGAGAGAAGAGGGUGACCACUUCAGUGGGGGCAAAAAAGGAGAGGAGUUCUGAUAGUCA